AUGGUGCACCUUAAUAUGCAGAUUGUUGGUAGCAUUUCUGCCGUGUCAUCAUCUCUUCAUGUUGGAAAGGCGGGGCCAAUGGUCCAUACCAGUGCAUGCAUUGCAGCAUUAAUGGGUCAAGGUGGGUCAAAAAAGUAUUUGUUAACAUGGAAAUGGUUACGGUUUUUCAAGAAUGAUCGAGACCGGCGGGAUCUUGUAACAUGUGGCUCAGCGGCUGGAAUUGCUGCUGCUUUUCGUGCUCCAGUUGGUGGUGUGUUGUUUGCUCUUGAAGAAAUGGCAUCUUGGUGGAGAAGUGCCCUUUUGUGGAGAGCUUUCUUCACAACAGCUAUUGUUGCAAUAGUUCUCCGGGCUUUGAUUGAUGUCUGUUGGAGAGGCCAGUGUGGACUAUUUGGUACUGGGGGUCUGAUAAUGUAUGAUGUCACCUCAGUAGAUGUUGCCUAUCACCUCAGGGAUGUGCCUUCUGUUAUUAUUCUUGGAGUUAUAGGGGGCAUAUUGGGAAGUGUAUACAAUUUUAUUUUACAUAAAGUUCUCCGAAUUUACAAUCUAAUUAAUGAGAAAGGCACUGCUUACAAAAUACUUCUUGCCUGUUCCAUCUCCAUUUUCACAUCCUGUCUUCUAUUUGGAUUACCAUGGCUUGCACCUUGCCUACCUUGCCCACUUGAUGCAACAGAGCCGUGCCCAACGAUUGGUCGGUCUGGUAACUACAAGAAAUUUCAAUGCCCUCCUGGUCAGUACAACGAUCUUGCCAGCCUCUUUUUCAAUACAAAUGAUGAUGCAAUCAAAACCUAUUCAGCAAGGACACCGACUCUGAGUGCAUCUUAUGGACGUUUUGUUGGAAUGCUAGUUAGUUCCGGGUCAAAUCUUAACCAUGGCCUGUAUGCCGUCCUUGGUUCUGCUUCUCUUCUUGGUGGGUCUAUGAGGAUGACAGUUUCCUUGUGUGUUAUUAUCCUAGAGUUGACCAAUAACCUAUUAUUGCUACCCCUAAUAAUGCUAGUUCUUCUUGUCUCCAAGACUGUAGCUGAUGCCUUUAAUGGGAAUAUUUAUGACAUUAUAAUGAAGUUGAAGGGUUUUCCCUACCUGGAAGCUCAUGCGGAGCCAUACAUGAGGCAGCUGAUGGUUGGUGAUGUAGUCACAGGCCCACUUCAGGUCUUUCAUGGCAUUGAGAAGGUUGGUACCAUAGUACAUGUUCUCAGAACUACUGGACAUAAUGGUUUUCCUGUGAUAGCUGAGCCUCCACUUUCAGAAUCCCCAGUUUUGUUUGGUUUGAUCCUCCGUGCGCAUCUUAUCACGUUGCUGAAGACGAAAGCUUUUUUGCAUGCACCAGAGCCAAUUGAUGUUGAUGCUUUUAAGUAUUUCUCAGCAAAUGAUUUUGCGAAGAAGGGUUUGGUCAAGAUGACAAAAUUCAAGAUAUAG